AUGGCAGAAGUUGGCUGCCACAUUCAUUUUCUGCUAUUGCCAGCUUCGCUUCUCUUUUUGCUUGUUAUCUUCUUUUUAUCUCCUUUGAGCCAAAGCAACUUUACCAUUUCCUUCUCCAUCUUCGCUCCUAAUUCCAGUACUAAAACCAAUCAAAAAACCCCACAAGUCUCUCCAUUAACGGUUCCACUGUCAUCAGCUGCUUCACCGCUUGCACCAGCAGCUCCUCUGCCAUCCCUUAAUGGUGCUACUACUGGUGGGGAUGUCGUUUCAAGGCCUAAGAAAAAAAAGAGCAGUUUAGAGAGAGUUGAAGAUGGUUUGACCAAAGCACGAGAGGCUAUACGUGAAGCAAUUCGUUCACAAAACUAUACGUCAUACAAGGAGGAAACUUACAUUCCCAGAGGAAUCAUUUACAGAAAUCCAUAUGCUUUUCAUCAGAGUUACAUUGAAAUGGAGAAGAGAUUCAAGGUCUGGGUCUAUAGGGAAGGAGAGCCACCCUUAGUCCAUGGCGGGCCGUUGAACAACAUCUACGGCAUUGAGGGGCAGUUCAUCGAGGAGAUGGAGAGUGAGAAGAACCACUUCUUGGCUCGCCAUCCUGACGAGGCGCAUGCAUUCCUGAUCCCCGUGAGUGUGGUCAAAAUUAUCAAACUCCUCUACAUGCCUCUCACCACCUACUCUCGUGUUCAGCUACAAUGGGUGGUGACCGAUUAUGUUGGCGUCAUAGCCGACAAGUACCCAUAUUGGAAUAGAAGCAAUGGAGCUGACCAUUUCUUGGUUUCUUGUCAUGAUUGGGCACCGGAUAUUGGAGAUGCCAAUCCAGAACUCUUCAAGAACUUCAUCAGAGUCCUCUGCAACGCCAAUACAUCAGAAAAGUACAGGCCUCAAAGAGAUGUCUCAAUGCCAGAAAUCAUCAUUCCCAAAGGCCAGCUUGGUCCCCCUCUGGUAGACCUGUCCCAAAGGGAACGUUCAAUCCUGGCAUUCUUCGCGGGUGGAGCCCAUGGUUCCAUAAGGAAAGUCUUGUUGGAACACUGGAAAGACAAGGACAAUGAAGUGCGAGUCCAUGAGUACCUCCCGAACAACACAGAUUACUUCAAAUUAAUGGGCGAAAGCAAGUUUUGCUUGUGCCCAAGUGGGUACGAGGUGGCCAGUCCAAGAGUGGCAACGGCAAUAUCCGUGGGGUGUGUUCCUGUUAUAAUAUCUGAUUAUUAUGCAUUGCCAUUUAGCGAUGUGCUUGAUUGGAGCAAGUUUUCAGUUUAUAUCCCAUCGAAGAGGAUACCCGAAAUCAAAACGAUCUUGAAAGGGAUAUCAGAUAAGAAGUAUCUGAAAAUGCAGAAGAGAUUGAGGCAAGUUCAAAGGCACUUUGUUUUGAACAGGCCAGCGCUGCCAUUUGAUGUGAUUCACAUGCUGCUUCACUCAGUGUGGUUAAGGAGGCUGAAUUUUAGGCUGCCAACACCUUGA